AUGACAACGACAGCAUCGGAAUGGAUGGAAUUCUUCAUUGCAGCUGGAAUCCCUUCUAGUCCUGCUUCAAAUUAUGCCAUAUUAUUCAGUGAGAACAGAAUACAUCGGAAAAUGUUACCUGAAUUAACAAAGGAUAUACUCAAGGAAAUGGGAAUUACUCCAAUUGGCGAUAUGUUAGCUAUUUUAAAGCAUGCCAAAGAAGUUCAUGACAACGAGAUUAUGAGAGGAUUAGUAUCGGAUAACCCUAGAUCAAUUGAUGGACCAUCAGCUAAGAUGAGAAUAGGGCCCACCAAUAUAAAUGAAGUGAAAAAAUCUCAAGAAGACACAGUGACUACGAGCUCGCAGAAAAGCCGGGCCAUGAUUGCACCAACAGUUGCUCCAACAUUAAAAAUGGUGCAGUCUGCUACUGAGCAAUCAGUAAAAGACGUUCGCAAGGCAACUGCACCAACUGCCACUAAACCAAGUAGCCACUCUGGAAAACAGUCUGUAUUUGAUCGAUUAGGCGCUUCACAAAGUGAACAAAUUGCUAAGGUGGCAUCUCAUCCUGUUAGGGAAACCCAUUCAGUUUUUAAACGUUUAGGGGGUAUUCAGCAUGAUAACAGUACCUCUGCCAAGGAUAGACUUCAACCAAGCGUUAAAAUUAAUAGAAAAGGUUUAUCCACUGUUGAUAUAAGACAAGUUAAAUUAGGCUCCAUGAAACGACCAACCGAAGCGAAAAAACCCAGGGCUAGCAUGACAAAAGCUGAAAAAGUUGCUUUAGCACGAAGUGACCAACUUGGCAAUCAAGAAAGCGCUCUGAGUAGAUUAGGAGGAAGUAAUCCAGCGGCUACUACAGCUAGAAGACUUAUUAUACGAAAGAGAUGA